AUGUCUACCAUGGAUGAUGAAUUAAUGUCUCUUGAGGAGCUUGAGAGGUUGAUGGAUGAGCAAGAAGUGAAUAAUACCAUGGCAACAUCAGCUUCAACAACCAUUAUUCCCAGUACUGUUGCUAUCAUCGCUACGGCUACCGCAUCUAAGAACAUCUCGGAAGCUAGCAAUGAGAAGAACUCUGGCGCAAUCUUAUUGAAAGAGCCAGAUGCAGAUCAACAAACACUACCUCUCUCAACAACCACUCCCGGCGCAAAGAUGUCGAAGAGAUCUGGUACUCGAGCUAGAAAGCGCAAGGCCAAAUCGGCUCAGAAACUAUCAAAAAUCUCUGUUUACAUCACAGAGAACCGAGAAGCUCACCAAUGCUACUCCAUGGAGAGAGUCCCAUGGACUGGUCAGCAAGAUAAAGAACACAACGCCUCCUACUUUGACGAUGCCAGUCUUGCUAAGCAAGCUGUAUCUCUCUCCUUCGACGAGUCUGAAGGCUCCGCCGCUAUUUCCUUUCCGGCUACUAGCAUGGCAAAUUCUCUAAACACCCUUCCUACCAAGCCGGUUAUACUAUAUUCGAGUUCUGAGCAACCAAGUGCCAAGCCUUUUGCUCCUACUACUCUCGGUAGAGGUAAAUUCGCUAGUCCGAGCCAUUUUUCAGCUCAACUAGCAAAUUCUAGCUCGGUUGCUACCCGAGUUCAAGGAGAUCCUCGUGAGGUCAUCACAAUUAGCUUUCAAAAUACCGGGGCUUUGUCCUCUGGAUUGAAGGAUUUGAAUGCGGCUAAGGAGGCUAGCGCUGGUGGUAUGGUAAUCUCAAUCAACGGUCCAAUUGGGGAGAACCAGGUGGAGAUAUCUGGGCCUAUUGGGUCUAAUAUUCGUGGUUUUGUUAAAAGAACUUGCCCUCGGCUAAGCGGGAAGCAGAUAAAAGCUGCAUUUAAGUGA